AUGUUCGUCUUCGGCGACGACUUUGCCGACAACGGCAACCUCCCCAAGCUGCCGGGUGGUCAGCCCCAGUCUGAUCUCUCGCGUCAAUGGAGCUACCCCUACGGCCCUUAUAUCAACCCUCGUCGCUCCGCCGCCGCCGUACCAACUGGCUGCUUCUCAAACAACCGAAUCCAGUCCGAUUUUAUUGCCCCUCCGGCGUACAUGCACACGCUAGAUCAAUCCGUUGAUCCAACUGGCAUGACCUUCGCUUCCGGUGGCGCCGGUGUGUUCCAGAAGAAGGUGCCGACUCUUGCCGCAUGGGUCAAGUCUUUCACGAGGCUCAUCAACAGCGGAAUCAUCUCAAAAGACCAGCUUCGCCACUCCGUCGCGCUUGUCGCCAUCUCCGGCAACGACUACAUGAGCGGCGCCGACGUCAAGAACUCUUUCUUGAGUAGCUUCGAUGAUGUAAGUAGUAGCCGGACUCACACGUCCAACUUAAACACGAACCACCCAUCAAUUUAUAUUAUUAUCGAUAUCAACCUUACUGAUUAA